AUGCUCCUGCUGCUGGCGCUGUGCUGGGGGCUGCCCCUCUGCGCGGGGGCGCCGGGAGAGGCUCCGAGCUGGGGUGACACUUCGGAGCAAGUUGGACUCAGGGUCCCGAGGCAACUCCGGCUGUUGCAAAGGCUGAAAACCAAACCUUUGAUGACAGAAUUCUCGGUGAAGUCUACCAUUAUUUCUCGCUAUGCCUUCACAACGGUUUCCUGCAGAAUGCUGAAUAGAGCUUCUGAGGACCAAGAAAUUGAGUUUCUGAUGCAGAUUCCAGCCGCAGCUUUCAUCACCAACUUUACUAUGCUAAUUGGAGACACAGUGUAUCAGGGAGAAAUUACAGAGAGAGAAAAGAAAAAUGGUGAUAAGGUAAAAGAGGAAAGGAAUAAAACCACAGAAGAUAAUGGGGAGAAGGGGACUGAAACGUUCAGAGCCUCCGUGGUCAUUCCCAGCAAGGACAAAGCUGUCUUCCUCCUGAGUUAUGAAGAGCUCUUGCAGAGGCGGCUUGGGAAGUAUGAGCACGUCAUCAGUGUGCGACCCCAGCAACUGGUGGGGAGGCUGACAGUGGAAGUGAAUAUUCUGGAGAGUUCGGGCAUCAAGUCUCUGGAGGUGCUGCCUCUACACAACAGUAGGCAGAAGGGCAGUGGAAGGGCGGAAGAUGAUGUUGGGCCACCUCCUUCUACUGUUAUCAAUCAAAAUGAAACUUUUGCCAAAGUCAUUUUUAAGCCUAGUGUGGUUCAGCAAGCAAGGAUUGCCCAGAAUGGCAUUUUGGGAGAUUUCAUCAUUAGAUAUGAUGUCAAUAGAGAACAGAACAUUGGGGACAUCCAGGUUCUAAAUGAGUAUUUUGUGCACUACUUUGCCCCCAAAGACCUUCCUCCUUUACCCAAGAAUGUGGUAUUUGUGCUUGACAGCAGUGCCUCCAUGGUAGGAACCAAGCUCCGGCAGACCAAGGAUGCCCUCUUCACAAUCCUCCAUGACCUCCGACCCCAGGACCGCUUCAAUAUCAUUGGAUUUUCCAACCGAAUCAAAGUGUGGAAGGACCAUUUGGUAUCAGUGACUCCCAACAAUAUCAGAGACGGCAAAGUCUACAUUCACCACAUGUCGCCCACCGGAGGCACAGACAUCAAUGGGGCCCUGCAGAGGGGCAUCAGGCUGCUCAACAACUACGUGGCUCACAAUGACAUUGGAGACCGCACCGUGUCCCUCAUCAUCUUCCUGACGGAUGGGAAACCCACUGUUGGGGAGACUCACACCCUCAAGAUUCUCAACAACACCAAGGAGGCCGCCCGAGGCCAAAUCUGCAUUUUCACCAUUGGUAUCGGGAAUGACGUGGACUUCAAACUGCUGGAGAAACUGUCGCUGGAGAACUGUGGCCUCACACGGCGCGUUCACGAGGAGGAGGAUGCAGGCUCACAGCUCAUUGGGUUCUAUGAUGAGAUCAGGACCCCUCUGCUCUCUGACAUUCACAUCAAUUACCCACCCAGCUCUGUGGAACAGGCUACCAGAACCUUCUUCCCCAACUACUUCAAUGGCUCAGAGAUCAUCAUUGCUGGGAAGCUGAUGGACAAGAAGAUAGAUCGACUGCACGUGGAAGUCAGGGCCAGCAACAGUAAGAAAUUUGUCAUACUGAAGACAGAUGUGCCUGUGGGGCCCCAGAAGGUGGGGAAUGAUGUCAUAGGAAGUGUCAGGCCCAACGGUGAUGGCGAGAAGGACCCCAACCACCUUGAGCGUCUCUGGAGCUACCUGACCGUAAAGGAGCUGCUAAAUUCCUGGCUGCAGAAUGACGACGAGCAGGAGAAGGAGCGACUGAGGCAGAAGGCCCAGGCUCUGGCCGUGAACUCUCGCUUCCUCACCCCGUUCACCUCCAUGAAGUUGAAGAAAUCCACACUGCAGACAAGGAAGCUGGAGGACAGCUAUGGCAUGUCUGCUGCAACAGGGCCUGAGACAGUGGUGCAGAGUCUGCAAGGCUCCAACCUGCAGCCAGGAUCUACUCUCAAGAAACCAUAUAACCCAAGAAUUAAAGUUUCCAGAACAUCAGCGGAUGGAGAUCCCCAUUUUGUUGUGGAUUUCCCCUUGAGCAAGCUCACUGUCUGCUUCAACAUCGAUGGGCAGCCCGGGGACAUCCUAAGGCUGGUCUCUGAUCAUGCAGACUCUGGUGUGACAGUGAAUGGAGCAUUAAUCGGGGCCCCUGCUCCUCCCAACGGCCACAAGAAGCAACGCACUUACUUCCGCACCAUCACCAUCCUUGUCAACAAGCCCGAGAGGUCAUACUUGGAGAUCACACCGCACAGGGUCAUCCUGGAUGGCGGGGACAGGCUGGUCCUCCCCUGCAACCAGAGCAUGGUAGUGGGGAGUCGGGGGCUGGAGGUGUCAGUGUCUGCCAAUGCCAAUGUCACCGUCACCAUCCAGGGCUCCAUUGCCUUCGUCAUCCUCAUUCACCUCUACAAAAAGCCAGCCCCCUACCAGCGAGACCACCUGGGCUUCUACAUCUCCAGCAGCAAAGGCCUUUCUGGCAACUGCCAUGGACUCUUAGGUCAGUUCCUGAACCAGGAUGCCAAACUCACAGAGGAGCCUGCCAGGAUCAGCAGGAACACUACUAGUCCUCCAUUCCCAAAGGCAGAUGAGAAGUCUGAAACGGUCCUCAAGGUGAAAGGGCACCAGGUCCCAGUGGUCUGGAAACAGAGGAAAAUCUACAACGGGGAGGAGCAGAUAGACUGCUGGUUUGCCAGGAACGCCGCCCAGCUGCUCGAUGGUGAAUACAAGGAUUACCUGGCCGCCCAUCCUUUUGACUCAGAGACUACCUUCGGCCUGGGACUAUCCAAGGGACUCUGA